AAGGGAAAAAAAAAAGGGAGAGGCGAAGGAGCUCGCGCCCCCGCCGCGUCAUUUGGCUUGCGUGCGCGCGGCCGCCAGUCGAGGCGAGAGGAGGACACGGAAGAACACGCCAGAGAGUGAAGGCAUGGCCAGAUAGUGCGCGACAAAAGAGAGAGAGAGAGCAGGUGGAGGGAGAGACGCCCAGGGAGAGUGCAGCCGCUCCGACCGCGAGGAGGACGAAGAGAGCAAGAAGAGGAGUCGCCAUCGUGUCUUUUGCGAUGAUGAGGAGGACGAGCAAGGAGGAGGAGGAGGAGGAGGAGAUCUGAGGCGCUUCGCCGUCCGCACGCCGCGCUCCAGCCAGCUACGCUCUUCAUCCUCGCCUCUGCUCUGGCGUGGCGAUGAUGUCACUUCCUGUCCAGAUGGAGCCCAACUCAGCAGACAAACGGCAUCGGACCAGAUCGAAAGGAGUGCGAGCUGUCGCUGAGGCCGUGACGCCCGAACUAUUCAGCUGUCCGACGGCGGGCUGCGACGGUUCUGGUCACGUCAGCGGGAAGUACGCCAGACACCGCAGCGUUUACGGAUGCCCGCUGGCCAAGAAGAGGAAGGUACUGGAGAAGCAACCGCUCGAGCCGGCCGCCAAAAGGAGAGCCUUCGGCGCCUCCUGCCUCGGCGAGGACGACGACCAAUUGGAGGAGGACCUGGAGGAGGAAGAGGGCGAUGAGGACGCCUUAGACCAGAGGGAGCGAGGAGAAGUCAUGGAGGAGGACGCGGGCGAGAAGGCCGAGGAGGAGGACGAGUUCUCUGAUGACAUGGAGGAGGAGGAGGAGCAGCCGGAGGAGGACGCCGUCGCGCCGCCAGCGGGACACGACGAGAUGGAGGACGAGGAAGAGGAGGAGCUCGAGCAUCAACGGGUUGACUACCCACCAAGUGGACAAUCUAAACAGCUCCUUCCGCUCCGCAAGGAUGAUAACAACAACCACAGCUGCAUCACAGGUCCAGCUCCGGGUUCUGGAUCCGGUCCCGGCGGCCCCGGAGAUGAGUUUGAGAACUACGACGAGCUGGUGGCCAAGUCUCUGCUCAACCUGGGCAAGAUCGCAGAAGACGCGGCCUACCAGGCCCUGACCGAGUCGGAGAUGAACAGCAACUCCUCCAACAGCGGCGGCGAAGACGAGGAUGACGAGGAUGAGGACGACGAAGACGGCGGUGGCGAGCGGAAGGCCGACCUCAGCGUGGACUUGGAUAGCGACGUGGUCAGGGAGACGGUGGACUCGCUCAAACUGCUAGCGCAGGGCCACGGCGCCGUGUUGCCGGACGACGGCUACCCCGACGUGGGCCUCAACGGGCGGCUGGGCCUCGGCGCCGACGAGAGCGAGGAGGAAGUGUGUCUGAGCAGUCUGGAGUGUCUGAGGAAUCAGUGCUUCGACCUGGCCCGCAAACUCAGCGAGACGCACCCGGACGACCGCCCGCAGCACCUGCACCACCACCACCACCACCACCACCACCAACUGCGCAACCACGCCGACCAGCAGGGGGCGCUCCACCUCAACAGGUACGACGCCGGCUGCCAGCCGGGUUGUCAGGACGACGACGGCCCGCCGGAGCGCAGCUUCUCCGACAUGGUCAACCUGCUGAAGCUGGAGGAGCAACUGAGCCCGGCGUCCCGAGGUUACGGCCGGGAGUUCGACGAGGACACGGCCUCGGUGGCCUCGGAGCGCUCCGACGACACCUUCGACAUGGCCAAGGGGAACCUCUCGCUGCUGGAGAAGGCCAUCGCGUUGGAGUCGGAGCGCGCCAAAGUCAUGAAGGACCGGCUGGAGCACAAGCAACCCAGGCGCCACCAUCUGCAUCACCACCAUCACCACCGCGUGCACGGCGAGGAACGCAAAUCCAGGAUGCACCACGACGGACUCAAGAGGGCCUACUACCUCAAAGAGUCUUCGCGAGGGGAGAAGAAGGAGAGCAAGUGCCCGACGCCGGGCUGUGACGGCACGGGUCACGUGACCGGUCUGUACCCGCACCACCGCAGCCUAUCCGGCUGCCCUCACAAAGACCGCGUCCCCCCUGAGAUCCUUGCCAUGUAUGAGAAUGUUUUAAAGUGCCCGACCCCCGGCUGCUCCGGACGGGGGCAUGUCAAUAGCAACAGGAACUCACACCGCAGUCUGUCGGGUUGUCCCAUCGCGGCGGCCGAGAAGAUGGCAAAGGUGCACGAGAAGAGUCACGUGAUGGACAGCGGCGGCAGCAGCAAGUCCAGUCAGACGUCCGACCGCGUCCUCAGGCCCAUGUGCUUCGUGAAGCAGCUGGAGAUUCCUCAGUACGGCUACAAGAAUAACGUUCCCACCAGCACGCCGCGCUCCAACCUGGCCAAGGAGCUGGAGAAGUACUCCAAGACCAGCUACGACUACGGCGGCUACGAGGGCCAGCACGGCGGCUACGGCAAGAGGGGCCCGCUCGGCAAGUCCCACCACGGCCGGGAUACCUCCCCCAAGGCGUACGACGCCAAGCGGUACAGCAAGACGUCCAGCCCGGCCAGCAGCACCACCAGCAGCUACGCGCCCAGCAGCAGCAGCAGCAGCCUGAGCUGCGGCGCCGACCCCAUCGGCGACCCAGGGGGCGACCUGGCUGGCCUCGGCUUGUCUCUGAGCGGCGGCGCCGGCAGCAGCGCCAGCAGCACGUGCAGCAAAAGCAGCUUCGACUACACGCACGACAUGGAGGCGGCGCACAUGGCCGCCACCGCCAUCCUCAAUCUGUCCACCAGGUGUCGUGAGCUCCCGCACGCCGUGGGAGGGAAAAUGCACGACAUGAUGAUGCAGAGCGGCGAGGGGGACCUGGACGAGGAGGAAGAUGGCGGCGGGGUGGACGCGGGCGGGCAACCCGGCGGCCCGGAGGGCAGCGGGACGGUUCUGACGCCGCUGCAGCCCAUGUCCCCGCAGCGUCAGGCCCUCCUCAACAGUCGCCGCUACCAGCUGAGCCAAGCUGACUGCUGGGACCUCCCGCUGGACUACACCAAGAUCAAAGGCGUGGACAAAGAGGGCGACGAGCUGGACGCCUUCCACGAGCUGCUGGACGAGCAGCGCUACCCGGCCGAGGCCAGCGCCCAGCCCAGCCCCAAACACCUCAAGUACUCGCCCUGCAAAGAGCCCAAGAAGGAGAUCCUCACGCUGUCCGGCUGCCAGCUGGCCGACAAGAACCUUCGCGGGAUCAUGGCCUCCAACGCGCAGGAGCUCAGGUGUCCCACGCCCGGCUGCGACGGAUCGGGACACAUCACGGGGAACUACGCCUCGCACCGCAGCCUGUCCGGUUGUCCUCGAGCCAAGAAGAGUGGCAUCAAAAUCCUCCACAGCAAAGAAGACAAAGACGAGCAGGAGCCCAUAAAGUGUCCGGUGCCAGGCUGCGACGGCCAAGGUCACGUGACGGGCAAGUACGCGUCCCACCGCAGCGCCUCGGGCUGCCCCCUGGCGGCCAAACGGCAGAAGGACAACCACGUGAACGGCGCUCAGCUGGCCUGGAAGUCCGGCAAGACGGACGGCAUGACGUGUCCCACGCCGGGCUGCGACGGCUCAGGCCACGUCAGCGGAAGCUUCCUGACCCACCGGAGUCUCUCCGGUUGUCCCCGGGCAUCCUCGGCCAUGAAGAAGGCCAGGAUGAGCGGCGUGGAAAUGCUGACAAUCAAGCAGAGAGCCAGCAAAGGCAUUGAAAACGACGAGGAAAUCAAACAGCUGGAUGAAGAAAUCAAAGAUAUCAACGAGUCCAACAAUCAAGUGGAGUCGGAUAUGAUUAAGCUGAGGACGCAAAUCACCACCAUGGAGAGCAGCCUGAGGUCCAUGGAGGAGGAGAACAAGGUGAUGGAGGAGCAGAACGAUUCGCUGCUGCACGAGCUGGCCAACCUCAGCCAGUCGCUCAUCAACAGCCUGGCCAACAUCCAACUGCCGCACAUGGAGCCGAUGAACGAGCAAAACUUUGACACGUACGUGAGCGCUCUGACGGACAUGUACAGCCACCAGGACCAGUACCAGAGCCCGGAGAGUAAGGCGCUGCUGGAGAACAUCCGACAGGCCGUGCAGGGCAUCCAAGUGUAGCCCCGCCCACAACACAAGCAAAAGGUUGUUUUUAUCAUUAUUGAUUUUUUUUUUUUUCUGCUGCUGCUGCUGUAAGCUACCGUCGCUCUGCUAUCACAUUCAUGCUGUCACCACUUUUUUUUUUUUUAAUCGUCUGGCUGUUUGGAUUCAACAUCCAACUUUUGUACAUUUUCAUAUGACCUGAUAUAAUGUGACGUACAGCUGCUAAUCUAUUUAUCUAUUGAUUGAUUGAUUGAUUGAUGGUCAACGUGAAGCGCAAUCAAAGCAGGAGAGAAGAGUUCAAGGCCAACUGUAGGAGACAAUCUGCCACUCAUUGAUUGAUUGAUAGCUCCAUUGAUCGAUCGAUCGGUCAACGAGCCGCGUGAACGAGCUGGUAGGACAGCAAUAUUGGCAUGAUUUAUUCAGAUGCAAUCUAUAUUUAAAAAAAAAAAAGUUUGGGUAUAUGCAAUUUCCUAUGAAUUCAACUAUCAUUGAUCGCUGAUUGAUUGAUGUUUUUACUGGUUUUGUAAUCCACUUUGACUACGAACACACAGCGACGCCUUUGUUUCCAUCUUUUCAUGUUUUACGUGUGCGUGUUUGCGUGUAGGUGGGGGUGGGGGGGGGCUGACUGGACUUACAGGGUCACACACACACACACACCGCUCAUUGUACAUUUGCACUCAUCGUCCACCCAGCAGACUUUUUCCUGACAUGCAUGCACUUUAUCGGGGCUCGUCUGAACACGUCAAGAAAAAAAUGAAAGAAAAAGAAAAGUGUUGACUUCUGCGUCAAAAAGCAGACAUUUCAGUUGUAUGUGGGAGAAAGAAAAAAAAAAACACAACAUUGACUAUGUUUGGAAUUGUCUAUCGACUGCAGUGGUGCCUUGAGAUGCAAAUUGGAUUUAAUCCUGACCGUACUCCUAACUAGAAGCACUCAAACGCAAAUCUUCUUUUCUCAUUGAAAUGAAUGCAAAAGUGAUCAAUUCACAUUGCAUUAAUGAAAUGCAACUCCUGUUGUUCCCGCUUCGGCCACAUGGGGGCAGUACAACACUUAUAUUCGUCAUUCUAUGCAGAGGAUAAAAAAUGAACGACUCUGUACUGUUCUUUUGUCUUUCUCCAUGUGUUGCUGCACCGUUUGGAUUCUCUCAAUCACUAAAUGAUUGCUUGUAUCUUGAAAAAAACUCGCAACUCAAGGCACCGCCGUAUUUCUAAUCAAGUGAACAAAGAGAGCCAAUGUACCUUUUUCUAACAAUCAGCACCUCAUUUUUCAUAUCCUUUUUACUGUAUUUUGCAUUGUUACAUCAUUUUGCAGGUGUCCCGAGCUUUUCGGAGAAUAUUGUUGACAUUAUUUUCACGUGGUAAAGAUGAAUCGUGUUUCUUCAGUGUUGGAAAAACAAAAUGAUGAACUUGGCGAUGAUGCGUCAACCUUCAGCGGGAGCUUGAGAAAUUUGUCUUAUGACCUACUAGGGAUUGAGAAGCUAUUUGAGCAAUACUAGCAGAUGGAAGAAAUGCUCAAAGAGUUUCUCCAACCAGCGGCUGUCAGAUGCUCUGCAUCGAAAGGGACAUUGAAAUGUCUUCAAGUUCUACAAGACCAGAAGAUGAAAGCACAAUUCAAAGACAGACGCUAGACUAGAUGUUCAUCACAUGUACAAACUACUGACCAUGAACAAAUGCAUACAGUAUUAUAAAAAAAAAAAAAGUGAAAUGCUGAUUUUCUUUGCAGGACUGUCAAAACAUUUUUUUAAAUGCAUUGUUCCUUUUAUGUUUUUUGUUGUCACUUGGAGGAUUUGGCGGCUUUCCAUGCACAUGGCAUGAGUUCUGUUUGUCUUUUCUGCUGCGUAUAGAAUUCAUGAGUUGCUACAUGCUACUUUCAUUUCAAUGGUGAACAUUUUUAUAUAUACAUAUAUAUUUAUCAUGAUGGUGUUUGACAUCUCUUGCUCUUCGGAAUAAAUCUUGUGUUGCAACUCA